CCCCCGGCUUUUCCGGAGAAGGGAGGGCACGGCGACGCCGGAGAACGUGGGUUUGGGGGGCGGCGAACACCGACUGGGAGCAGAGCCCCCUCGGGUAACGCCGCCCGGCACCGGGGGCUCCCUUCCCCGCGCGGGGCCCGCAGGUGCCGCCCCCUGCCCCGCCGCGGUGCUCCCGGGCCUCCCUCCCGCCGUCCCUCCCUUUCCCACUCGGAACAGCCUGCAAUUCCCGCAGCCGCAGCGCGAGACGCGAACCGCGAGCCGGGAGCGAGCCCCUGGGGGGGCGGGCGGCGCGGGCCGGGAGCGGGGCCGGCGGGACUCCGGAGCUCGCGCGGCCCCCACCGCGCGCUCGGGCGGCGCGAGACGGGCCUCUCUGCGCGGCCUCCCCGCCGCCUCCCUCGGGCCAGGGGCGGGGGGCCGCUCGGCCCCGCGGCGCCCCUUCCCCCGGCAGGCGCGGGAGGAGCCCGGCCCCCCUCGGCCUGCCCCCCUCCGCCGGCCGCGGCGGGAGCGGCGCGACGCGGCGCCGCGGGCAGCGAGCUCUGCAUUCGAACCUCCCUCGCAAAGACAGUCUCCGCCCCACAAUGCACCGCGGCGGGCAGCCUUUGAAAAAGCGGCGCGGCUCGUUCAAGAUGGCGGAGCUCGACCAGUUGCCUGACGAGAGCUCUUCAGCAAAAGCCCUUGUCAGUUUGAAAGAGGGAAGCUUAUCUAACACAUGGAAUGAAAAGUUCAGUUCUUUACAAAAAACACCUGUUUGGAAAGGCAGGAAUACAGGCUCUGCUGUGGAAAUGCCUUUCAGAAAUUCAAAACGAAGUCGACUCUUUUCUGAUGAAGAUGACAGACAAAUAAAUACAAGAUCACCUAAAAGAAACCAGAGGGUUGCAAUGGUUCCGCAGAAAUUUACAGCAACAAUGUCAAUACCAGAUAAGAAAGCCUCCCAGAAGAUCGGUUUUCGGUUACGUAACCUACUCAAGCUUCCCAAAGCGCACAAAUGGUGCAUAUACGAGUGGUUCUACUCAAACAUCGAUAAACCACUCUUUGAAGGCGAUAAUGAUUUCUGUGUAUGUCUAAAGGAAUCUUUUCCUAAUUUGAAAACGAGAAAAUUAACAAGAGUAGAAUGGGGAAAAAUCAGGCGGCUUAUGGGAAAACCACGGAGAUGUUCUUCUGCAUUUUUUGAGGAAGAGCGAUCAGCACUAAAACAGAAGCGGCAGAAAAUCCGGCUCUUACAACAAAAGAAAGUUGCGGAUCUUUCACAAUUCAAAGAUCUCCCAGAUGAGAUUCCUUUACCGCUGGUUAUUGGAACCAAAGUUACGGCGCGAUUACGUGGAGUUCACGAUGGCCUGUUCACUGGACAGAUAGCUGCUGUGGAUACUUACAACGCCACUUACCGAGUAACUUUUGAUAGGGCGGGGCUUGGAACCCAUACUAUCCCUGACUAUGAAGUUCUUAGUAACGAGCCUCACGAGACAAUGCCAAUUGCUGCCUUUGGACAAAAACAGCGGCCUUCUCGAUUUUUAAUGACUCCACCACGGUUACAUUAUACUCCUCUUCUCCCGGCGCCAACCACGGAUAAUGACCCUUUGUUAGGACAGUCACCUUGGAGAAGUAAGAUUGCAGGCUCCGACACUGAAACCUUGGGUGGCUUUCCAGUAGAAUUCCUUAUCCAAGUGACCAGAUUAUCAAAAAUUCUCAUGAUUAAAAAGGAACAUAUCAAGAAAUUAAGGGAAAUGAAUACAGAUGCAGAAAAAUUGAAAUCAUAUUCCAUGCCCAUUGGCAUUGAAUUUCAGCGGAGAUAUGCAACCAUUGUUCUAGAGCUUGAACAGUUGAACAAGGACCUAAACAAAGUUUUGCAUAAAGUUCAGCAGUUCUGCUAUGAGCUUGCUCCAGACCAGGGCCUCCAGCCCGCAGACCAGCCUACAGAUAUGAGGCGAAGGUGCGAGGAAGAAGCCCAGGAAAUCGUGCGGCACGCAAACUCCUCCACGGGACAGCCCUGCGUCGAAAAUGAAAAUCUGACAAACCUGAUCUCCAGGCUCACAGCUAUUUUAUUACAAAUUAAGUGUCUAGCAGAAGGAGGAGACCUGAAUUCCUUUGAAUUCAAAUCACUCACAGAUUCAUUGAAUGAUAUCAAGAGUACAAUAGAUGCUUCUAAUAUCAGUUGCUUUCAGAAUAAUGUAGAAAUCCAUGUUGCACAUAUUCAGAGUGGCCUGAGCCAGAUGGGAAACUUACAUGCCUUUGCAGCAAAUAACACCAACAGAGACUGAGCAGAAGACUGAGUGACCCCAACCGCAUAGACAUUGUCUGCGAGAAGUUCGUUUCCUUUCUGUAGGCUUCCAACACCAAAUAACCCAGCUGCUGGAAGACAAGGGAAAUUUCAACCUCCAAAUAAGGCAUUUUAAUAUACCGUACUGCUUCUUAAACCAGCAUUGCUGACCACGAUUAUAUUUAUUUAUUUUUCAUUAUUCAGCUGCAGUAGCAUUGCUUGUAUUAUGUAUAUUUAUCAGUCAGUAGCUUUUAAACUGAAAAUGUCUGAACAUAAUUUCAUGGAAGAAUACAUUGACCCUUUUCUUUAACGUGCAUGAAUUCAACCCUACACACGCAGACAACUGAAACGAAGAACACGGAGAAGCGGGCUUUUCGUGCACACGCACGGCAGUGUGGGAAUUCCAUCGAGAACAUGGCAUCUCCAGUUCGUUGGCUUAACUGCCAUCUCAGUCUUCGAAAGGACAUCGGGAGGUCGGAGCAGCCCUGGUCUGAAGGGCGGCGCCGGCGCGCAGAUGGGCAAUACGGACUGUGCAAGUACGCAGAGCACGCACUUGCAGCACGACGUGGUUCUGCAGACCAUUUUAUAAUAAUAAGUAUUUUAAUUUAUCGUAAUUUAUAAAAGAAACUUUUGUUUGUUGAAAGAAAAUGAAGGAGCAGGAAAAAAACGUAACUUGCAAAAUGCUGAAUUUCAGCAGGUGAAUUUGGCAUGUCUUUUCCUGUCAAUUCAGGUCAAAAGGCGCUAUCGUUAUGAGAUUUAUUAAAAAAGGAAAGACUGAUAACACACUAUUUUCGUAUUUUUUGUUUAUUUGCACAAAUUUUGAACCAGAUUGCUGGUUAAAUUCCAACAGUAUACCAUUUAUAAAGUAAAACGAUUUUAUAAGGCAAACAUAUAAUAACGAGUGCUGUGAAAUACAGAAAAAAAGGUUUGUAUUUGGUUUUGGUUUUGUUUUCUUGUUUGUUUUUUUUAAGGAAAACCCUGCCUAAAAUGUUAAUCUUGUAAAAAGUGUGUAUUUGGAAUUCUCUUUGUUUUAAUAUAGAAUAUUAUAAAUUCAAAAUAUAAUAAAUUGUUUUCAGAUUUGGAGUUUAAGAUAUAGCUGUAGAAGUGGCUUUAAUUCUUUUAGAUGUCUCAUAAAAUGAGACUUUUUAUAUGUUAAUGUAUAAUAAAACAGAAACAAGAUUAUUUUCCAUUUGAAAUUUUUGUAUAGUUUAAAAAUGCUUCCAUAUUCUGUGCCACUGCAGAACUUUAGUGCAGAGUUUAUA